AUGGCCACAGAACGCGUCCAAGGUCAAUACUUCUCCCGCAAGGUCAAUAUGGCCAUCAAGCGUCACGAUUCGGAGACUCUCACCCGGGAGGAUGUGCAAUACGACCUGCUGAAUGCUAUCUUCUUGGAUAACCAUCGUGUGUUUACCGACGAGAGUGCAACGCCCGACAAUCCAAAGCCUUUGGUCGCAUUCUGCGACCUGUACGUGAACGCGCUGUACAAUUCGACUAAAUGCUCCAAAAUUAUGCGUGAUAAGAUGCACGAAACGCCUGCAUUCGCGAUCGAGUUCGCGAAGAUAUCUUUACUCACUAAUGUCGGCCGUAUCAAUACAACCAUGGCGUUCUUCCCGGAAAUGAAGACCGCCCUUCGUAGCUAUCACCCCGUCCCCUCGCUGCAAAAAACAGACGGCAACGUCCAGGAUGCGCCUCGUAUCAAGAAUUGCCUCAAGGCAGCGCUAUUACCGGCUGAGGGUGCCAAAGGCGCUACAGUUCCCUCGUCUCCUACAGACAUCCUUAAACGCCUUAGAGAAGGACUCCGUCCGCCCACUUCCAUCGUUAACCUAAUCUUCGUCCUGACUAAUUUCUCGCAUGCCAUCUCGGGGGAGUUCUUCGAGCAGGGCAUCGAGUUCGUCGACCUGUUUCUGCCUUCUGACAUAUCGUCCCAGUCUCGCGCACGGGCAUUCUUGUGGCUUAUCUAUCGCUUUCACGAAGGCACAGACAAGCCUAAUCCGUUUGACGACCAUCGCGCGGGCCGACAUCCGGGGCGUGCGCCUCUGUUGGAGAGAUUGAAUCAUGAGGAUCUUAGGAAAGAGAAUGUUGACGAGCCGGCGGAGAUCGAGUGGGGGAGGAAGAUGGCCCUUCAGCGUAGCGCAUUCCUUCAGGACCUUGUCUCCGGAGGGGGCGAAGGCUCGCGCGAUUCAACGAAGCAUGCCCAUACCACCGCCAAAGCGCAGCCUGUGCCGGUGCAGGUCUCCCAUCCAAAUGGGUCCGUACACCUGCAGCAAACCCCGAGUGGCGGUCCACCUCGGGGCAUUCCGACUUCACAUAGGAAGCAACCCACAUUCCACCACUACAUUCCAGCGAAUGCACGCCCCCCGAAGCCGGUGCACGAGGGCCCACCGCGUGUAAGUGCCGUGCUGACUGCGCAAAGGCGUGAGCCCGAAUACCGGACAGCGCAUCGCCGGUCGCGAACUAUGUUCCAACAGGCAUGGCACCGUGUGCAGACGCGCGACGCUCUGUAUGAUUCCGAUAACGAGGAAAACUUGGACGAGGACGCACGCUGGGAUUACCACCAACGCAGUCUUAUUCUAAGGGCCAUUUCGUCUCGCAUUACCUACAGAUGA